CCCCCAGUUUCCAUCCAAACGCUGCACGCCGAGCCCCACGCUGGAUGUGCAGACCCCAGGGUGAGGUGGGACGCGAGGACAUCCCCACCUUAACACGGGCACUGUUGUGUCUGGAUCCCCAGGUGUGGGCCACGCGGAUGGGUAGCGCUGCUGCCCGGCCUCCCGCAUCCCACCGCGGCCCCCAGGCGUGAGGGCUCAGUCCCGACUCAGAGACCCCCCCCUCCCUCUCAAAAGCCCCACGCCGCCGUCCCAUCCCAACGUCACCAUGGACGAGAGCUUCCGAGACCGGACGGCGUUCAUCCGCGGCGCCAAAGACAUCGCCAAGGAGGUGAAGAAACAUGCGGCCAAGAAGGUGAGCAAAGGCAUGGACCGCGUGCAGGACGAGUACACCAAGCGCUCCUACAGCCGCUUCGAGGAGGAGGACGACGACGAGGAUUACGUGCCGCAGGACGGCUACUACCGGGGUGGGGAGGGGGCGGCCGAGGAGGAGGGGGCUUCCAGCGAUGCCACCGAAGGACACGACGAGGAGGAUGAGAUCUACGAGGGCGAGUACCAGGGCAUCCCGAGGCAGGACUCGCUGAAGGGUGGCGAGAGGCUGGGGAGCGAGGUGACCCCCGGGGCCUUCGAUGACAGCGAGGGGCAGCGGCGCAAGGACAAGGAGGAGCUGGCGCAGCAGUACGAGCUCAUCCUGCAGGAGUGCGGCCAUGGGCGCUUCCAGUGGAGCCUCUACUUCGUGCUGGGACUGGCGCUGAUGGCCGACGGCGUGGAGGUGUUCGUGGUGGGCUUCGUGCUGCCCAGCGCCGAGAAGGACAUGUGCCUCUCCGACUCCAACAAGGGCAUGCUGGGGCUCAUCGUGUACCUGGGCAUGAUGGUGGGCGCGUUCCUGUGGGGCGGGCUGGCCGACCGCCUGGGCCGAAGGCAGUGCCUCCUCAUCUCCCUCUCCGUCAACAGCGUCUUCGCCUUCUUCUCCUCCUUCGUGCAGGGCUACGGCACCUUCCUCUUCUGCAGGCUGCUCUCGGGCAUGGGCAUCGGCGGCUCCAUCCCCAUCGUCUUCUCCUACUUCUCCGAGUUCCUGGCGCAGGAGAAACGCGGUGAGCACCUGAGCUGGCUCUGCAUGUUCUGGAUGAUCGGCGGCAUCUACGCCUCGGCCAUGGCCUGGGCCAUCAUCCCGCACUACGGCUGGAGCUUCCAGAUGGGCUCUGCGUACCAGUUCCACAGCUGGAGGGUCUUUGUCCUGGUGUGCGCCUUCCCCUCCGUCUUUGCCAUCGGGGCGCUGACCACCAUGCCUGAGAGCCCCCGCUUCUACCUGGAGAACGGCAAGCACGACGAGGCCUGGAUGGUGCUGAAGCAGGUCCACGACACCAACAUGCGGGCCAAGGGCCACCCCGAGAGGGUCUUCUCGGUCACCCACAUCAAGACCAUCAAGAGGGAGGAUGAGCUGAUUGAGAUCCAGGCGGACACGGGCGCAUGGCACCGCCGCUGGUUGGUGCGCUGCCUCAGCCUCUCGCAGCAGGUUUGGAGCAACUUCCAGCAGUGCUUCGCGCCCGAGUACCGCCGCAUCACGCUGAUGAUGAUGGCUGUGUGGUUCACCAUGAGCUUCAGUUACUACGGGCUGACGGUGUGGUUCCCAGACAUGAUCAAGCACCUGCAGAACAUCGAGUACGCGUCACGCACCAAGCUCUUCACCCGCGAGAAGGUCCGGCACUUCACCUUCAACUUCACCCUGGAGAACCAGAUCCACCAGGGCGGGGAGUACUUCAAUGACAAGUUCAUUGGGCUGAAGAUGAAGUCGGUGACGUUCGAGGACUCGCUGUUUGAGGAUUGCUACUUCGAGGACAUCACCUCCAGCAACACCUUCUUCAAGAACUGCACCUUCAUCUCCACCAUCUUCUACAACACAGACCUCUUCGAGUACAAGUUCAUCAACAGCCGCCUGCUGAACAGCACCUUCCUGCACAACAAGGAGGGCUGCCAGCUGGACUUCAGCGACGACAACAACGCCUACAUGAUCUACUUUGUCAGCUUCCUGGGCACCCUGGCCGUGCUGC